AUGGAGGAGAAGCGUGACAUGACGGAAACCCCGGCGGCAAGACUAACGCCGCCUUUGCCGGUCCUCGACCGAGAUGACGGCCCCGGGGGAGGGACAGGCAGCGGAGAUGAUUCCGCAGAAUUCAUGGACAAGGCGACCAUUGAGCGACUCGGUCGCCAACGCCCAGACCUGCUUCCCGGUUGUUUCGCAGAGGCUUUCUUCGUCUUCACAGUCGUCAUGUCCAUGAUGAUUGGCGAAUACUUCAUCAGCGGCUUCAACGUUGUGCUUCCCCCCAUCGCCGACGCCCUCCGCAUUCCCGCCUCGUCAAGGACGUGGCCCGCCGGCGUGACAAACCUCACUACCGCGGCGCUUCUCCAGCCUUUUUCCCGACUAUGCAAUCUCUACGGCGGCCGCGUCGUCUUCCUCUCCGGCCACCUGUGGCUCCUCAUCUGGUCCCUCGUGUGCGGUUUCAGCCAAAACGCCACCAUGCUCAUCGUCUGUCGUGCCAUGCAAGGCGUCGGCUCGGCAGCCUUUCUCCCGGCCGGCCUGGCUAUCCUGGGCCAGACCUACCGGCCUGGGCCCCGCAAGAAUUUUGUCUUUGCCGUUUACGGAGCGUUUGCUUGCAUUGGUUUCUACUUUGGCAUCUUUGUCGGCGCCGUGACGGCAGAGUACCUGGACUGGAGAUGGUAUUUUUGGGUGGGCGCCAUUCUCGCUCUCAUCGCCGGUGCUUCUGGACUGGCGAGUAUUCCCAGACACCUGGACGAUGUUGACGAAAACGCCAGGAUGGACUGGCUGGGCGUAGUCACCAUUGUGCCGGGCCUGGUGCUGGUGGUGUUUGCCUUUACCGACGGGGGCCAUGCGCCGGAUGGGUGGAAGACUCCGUACGUCUACGUUGCCCUGAUACUGGGCAUCCUCUUUCUGUUGGCUGCAGUUUAUGUGCAGGUCUGGGUGUCGCGUCAGCCGCUGCUUCCUGCAGAGCUGUUCAAAGCCAAGUACAUGAAGCGGCUGAUGUCGUCGUUGUUUCUGUCGUAUGGGGUAUUUGGCCUGUUUUUGUUUUACGCUAGUUUCUACAUCGAGACAGUCAUGCACGUCCAGCCAAUGCUCGCAGCCGCGUGGUUUACACCCCUCGCCGUCGGCGGCAUGAUCCUGGCCAUAACGGGCGGUCUGGUCCUGCACAUGAUCCCAAACAAGAUGCUCAUGGUCUUGUCCAGCCUGGGCUUCAUCAUGUCUGUGCUGCUCUUUGCGCUCAUUCCCGACCCCGCGACGUCGGCCAAGUCCACCGGCUUCCUGUACUGGGCUUACAUCUUCCCCGCCAUGAUAUGCGGCACCAUCGGCAUAGACAUUACCUUCAACGUGACCAACAUCUUCAUCACCACGGCCGUGCCGCGCCGUCACCAGGCCGCCGCGGGAGGCGUCAUCAACAGCCUCCUGUAUCUCGGCAUCGCGUUCUGGCUCGGCAUCGCGGAACUCGCCGUUUCGGCCACGGUUCGUCGCGGAGGCGGGCACGAGCACGUGGGCGACCGGGAGCAGUACCGGAUCGGGUUUUGGACCGGGCUCGGCCUGGCCGUCGCAUCGCUGUGCUUGGUUCUCACCGUCGAGAUGGGCUCUGCCGAGGCGAGCAUGACGGCGGAUGAAAAGGCGGCAAUGGAGGCGAGGGAGGCGACAAGUCACGAGCAGGCGCAGCAGGCGCAGCAGCAGCGAAGAUGA